AUUUUAAAACCCUGGUUACUGUUCACGAGCCAUUUUUUUUUUGGGACAACUACAUUUUUCUUUUUUUUUUUCUCACACAACACAAUGGCCCAUGUGCUGAUGGCCCAUGUUGUCACACAAUUGCAUCACGGUCGACGUUGCAACACUUCCGUCAUCACGCCGCCGGUGGCUUAGCCUUCCCCCUCCUACUCAGUUAGGUGCGUUCAGUCUGGAUUGCUUGCAUAUGGAUUCCGUCUCUGGCCAGGUUGUGACGCUUUUUUCGCCAGAAGCUCAAGGAUUUGUGAAGAAAGGGUUUUGUCUCUAUAUGCAAUCAGCAACAAUCAGCAAUUGCGUGGGUUGACACUCCCCAAGGCUCUUUGUCAUCUUCCUUCAUGAUGGAUUCGGACCCCAAUCUCAAUUUCAAUUUCAAUUCAAAUUAUUUUGAAGGCUCCUACUAUCCUAACUCUGUCUUAAGGGGAUCAAUAAGUGGAAAUAGAAACAAUCAAUUGUAUUUGCUGAUCAAAAUAUUGGAAGCAAACAAUAGUAACUGGAAUGAAGAAGAAGAAAACCAAUUGGUGAGCUGGCCACCAAUUAAAUCAUGGAGAAAGAAAAAACUCCAUCCUCAGCAUCCUGUAGGAGGCCAGAUAAGGAAUGAGAGGAUGCAAGCUAAUGAAAAUCAAAGCAGAGGAUCAAACUCUUUAUAUGUCAAAGCUAACAUGGAAGGUGUACCGGUAGGAAGGCUAAUCAAUUUCAGGGUUUUCAACUCUUAUCAGACUCUUACAGACAUGUUGGUUAGCAUGUUCAUUAGAUGUAUGAUAAGAAAUAUUUACAGAUGUGUAGCUCAACAAUAUAAUCUAAUAAACUUCUCUUUGUACUUUUAUAGCAAGGUUAGCUGUCAAGUCUCAAAUGUCUGAUAAUGGUUCCUAUCACAAGAUUGAUUUACCAACAUUCUGAAUUAAUUAUUCAUCAAAGUGAUCAUAUAUAUGACAUGAAAAAAAUGUUAAAUUACAAACUCUUGGAUUUUUUUAAGAAAUUGUGCUAGGAUUAAGUACAAAACCAGAUUGUGUCUGAUCUAUUUUUUCUUCUGUCUAGAUUUGUUAGUCAUUUUUGUGUGCUGAAUCCAUUUGUUUGACUAACUUAGUUCCAUUCAUGUGUUUUUAUUUUCUGUUAUCUUCUCCAUUUUUAUUUAAGUAGUUCAAAGUGUUGUUGAGUUGUAUAUUGUUCAUGUAGGAAAAGGAGGACCCUUGAACACUUACCCCAACUUGGUUUUGAUGUUCUGUGAAAAGGGACAUUGGAACAAUGCCUACAAGUUGAUGAGAACCCUUUAAAUCAAAAUUGCUUCUUUAUUUUUCACUUUAAUUCUUAAAUCCUUCAACAUAUUCUGUCCUUUUUUUUUUAUCUAACUUUGGGCUGUGAAUUUUUUCCCAAUUAGUAUGAUGAGUAUGCAUUUAUACUGCUAUGUAUGUUAGGGAAGUGAAGAAGACAUUAUAGACACAGAACAAGCUAAUAUUUGUUCUCUUUGACUUCUGCUCAAUGAAUAUGCGGUGUGUAUCCUA